AGAUGAUGAGCCCAGUGCCAGCAAUAAUGUGGCACCUUUCCCUCCAACCCAAGAGGUGAGCAGGCAAACAGGCAGCUGUCUUCAGAGCUGGUAGCAAACUUGUGCAGUAGAUCAUCCAUCGGGGUUCAUAUGAGUGGUAUGAUUGGCAUGUUCCUCAAGAUCAAGCAAAUCAUCUCUGCAACAAGUUCAGCUUCCCAAGCCUAGGAACUUAAGUCCAUUCCUAAGCUCAGUCCUUCCAUUUCGCAUCUUAAGAGAUACCACUUUACUGCAGGGCCUUUCAGGUAGUAUUCUUUAUUCUUUUCCACCUCUUGAAAUCUGUUUCCAUUAGAAAAAAAGUGUGUGUGAAGACAUGUGUAUUUUGGACGUUUUCCAGUGUGCAUCUUUUUCUGCAGUUCAUUUUCUUAAGGUCUGUGCCAUGCUAGAUCGUGAUAUGUUUCCUGUUCCCUUUGUGGAAGAAAAAAAUAAGUCAAUGUGACAUCUGUGUUUCCUUCCACUGUCAGGUUUACCUCAUGUAUAGCCUUUUAUAAUAUCCUUAAUGAGUUAAAUGACUACGCAGGACAGCGAGAAGUAGUAGCAGAAGAAUUGGGCCACAGGGUAUAUGGCGAACUGAUGAGAUAUUCCCAUGAUCUCAAAACAGAAAGAAAACUGCACCUUCAAGAAGGCCGAAAAGCUCAACAGUAUCUUGACAUGUGUUGGAAGCAGAUGGAUAAUAGCAAAAAGAAAUUUGAGAGAGAGUGCAGAGAAGCAGAAAAAGCACAGCAGUGUUAUGAAAGACUGGAUAAUGAUACCAAUGCCACUAAAGCGGAUGUUGAGAAAGCAAAACAGCAAUUAAACCUGCGUACACACAUGGCUGAUGAAAACAAAAAUGAGUAUGCUGCACAACUACAGAAUUUUAAUGGUGAACAGCACAAACAUUUCUAUAUUGUUAUUCCUCAAAUUUACAAGCAUCUCCAGGAAAUGGAUGAACGAAGAACCAUCAAACUUAGCGAAUGUUAUAAAGGGUUUGCUGAUUCUGAGCGCAAAGUUAUUCCAAUAAUCUCAAAAUGUUUAGAAGGAAUGAUUGCUGCAGCAAAAUCAGUAGAUGAAUGCAGGGACUCUCAAAUAGUAAUAGACUCUUUCAAGUCUGGUUUUGAACCUCCUGGAGACUUUCCAUUUGAAGAUUACAGUCAGCAUAUUUACAGGACUGUUUCCGACGGAACAAUCAGUACACCAAAGCAGGAAGGGAUGAAAAUCGAUGCAAAAACCACUGUGGGCAAAGCUAAGGGCAAACUGUGGCUUUUUGGAAAGAAACCAAAGCCACAGUCCCCACCCCUUACCCCUACUAGUUUAUACACGUCUGAUACUUCUAAUGGUGCCCAGUAUCCCAUAUUCUCCAUUGAACAAGUGCAUUAUUGCAUGAGUGAAAUAAAAUCAGGGAGGCCCAGAAUUCCUUCUUUCAGAAGUCAUAAAAGAGUGGGUCCUGCACAAGAAGAUUUCAGCCACCUGCCACCAGAACAAAGACGGAAGAAACUCCAGCAGCGGAUUGAUGAACUUAAUAGAGAAUUACAGAAAGAGACAGAUCAAAAAGAUGCACUGAUCAAAAUGAAAGAUGUGUAUGAAAAAAAUCCACAGAUGGGUGAUCCAAGCAGUCUCCAGCCAAAAUUGGCUGAGACCAUGAGCAACAUGGACCGUCUCCGAAUGGAAAUUCACAAGAAUGAGGCCUGGCUUUCUGAAGUUGAAGGAAAAGUAGCAGCAAGAGGAGACAGAAGACACAGUAGUGACAUCAACCAUCUUGUAACCCAAGGAAGAGAAAGCCCUGAGGGGAGUUAUACAGACGAUGCCAAUCAAGAAGUCCGAAGCCCACCACAGCAGCAUGGCCCUCAUAAUGAAUUUGACGAUGAGUUUGAAGAUGAUGACCCUUUGCCAGCUAUAGGACACUGUAAAGCAAUCUACCCAUUUGAUGGACACAAUGAAGGUACCCUAGCAAUGAAAGAAGGAGAAGUUCUGUACAUUAUUGAGGAAGAUAAAGGGGAUGGAUGGACAAGAGCUCGGAGGCAAAAUGGAGAAGAAGGAUACGUGCCAACCUCCUACAUAGACGUAACACUAGAGAAAAACAGUAAAGGUUCCUGAAGCGGGGUCUGAGAAAAUGGGCGAGAUGUUGAAGGAGGUUACAUGCAGCUGCAUUUGGGGGGAGGGUGCUAGGCCCAUCGAGAUUGGGUGGGUGGGGGAAGCCAGUUGCAUGAUGGCAUGCAGGCAUACAUUUCUCACUAACAAGGCUGGUGUUUCUGUGUGUGUUCAAAAUAGUUGUGGUAAACUAAAGCUCCAUUCCAACAGAACCAAACCACCAUCCAUCCUGAAAAGACAUGCUUUUCAUGGCCUCAAAAAAACCUACUCACUCUUCACCAGUUGCAUCAUACAUUGGCUGUUUUCAGCUGUCUCAUUUUCCAUGCCCACUUUCAACUGGUAUUGAAUCCAAACCAUGUCAUUGACAGUCUCUGCCUGUGCCACCUCCAUGCUCGCCCUAACCUUCUCCUGCAUGUCUAGAUAUGUGUCAGGCAUGCCUGCCUAAUGUUUUGUAUUCUAAUGUUUUGUAUUUCCAUAGCUCUUCCUCCUCUUCUGCACUUGUAGCCAAUCCACUUUACAUGUCUCCAGCACUCAAGUUUUUAUUUCAGUACCUAUGUAUGCUGCUAUAACAUGGUGUUUUUUUGCCUUUCAUUAUGACCAUCGUUACAUUCCAGUUCUUUGGCAUUAUAACUUAUUUGAACUUAACAUUCAUUUUGUUUUGGGGAAACAAGCACAUCUCAGCACUAGGCGACUGCAGCCCACCUUCAGCACCUCAGUAGUUUCUCACAAGCACUGAAAACCUCGGAUAACAGCACAGAUUUUUUCCACUACAAGACAAACGACUGUUUUCAGAAGACAAGUGCUUGCCAUUCAGAUGCUGCCUUAAACUCUCGAGUGCCUAAAUCUGCUGAUUGCCAACACUACCGCUUCAGUAUCCCAUGAAGGGCUUUGAGUCUCAACUCCGUCUGACCUCCUGAAUCUAUCCUUCUACAGUGCUGCAGCUGCUGGUAGCCAACGGUAGAUGUUUUCUAGAGCUCUACCAUGACAUGAUACAUGGCGCAUUGUAAACAUUAUGCAUUGAAAAUGAACUCCAUGUAUCAGUUUCAUUUUACGUCUAAUGAAUGUUUUUAAUAGGAUUUUUAUGGACCAUUUUUCUCUCUCUCUCGAUUGUGUCUUUAUUUUGUGUGUGUGUGUGUGUCUGUGUGUUGGGGUUGGGGAAGGACUCCAGUUUCUGAUUAACUGCAGUGCUAGUCUGUUUCCAAGUGAUGCUUCAUUGUAAGGACCGGUUGAAAUUUGGAGUGAUAACCUUGUAAUGAUCUAUGUGCACUUUUACUUGUAAACCUUGAGAUUUGGAAAUGUUUAUACAUGUAAAUAUAGUUGUCUGCGGCACCCCAUGUUGCUCAUGUUGUUUUGUCUGACAUUUGUGAAUUCUGUUAAUGAAAAUCAUCCAACCUGUAAACUAAAUAGGAUAAGCUUAGAAUAGGGGAAGUGGAGAAGGGGUGGGGGGGAAGGAGAAACCAGUAAGUCAAGUUUCCUAAGCCAGCUUUUUGCUGUUUGUGGUAAUAUAUAAGAAAUCUUUUGUAGGGAUGAGGGUUGAAGCAAUAUUUGGACACAGGAGUGCUGGAUUCUUUUAGGAUUCUUUUUUUCAGUGUUAUUAGCAAUCGUACUACCAGUAAAACUAAAUCUGUGUGAUUAUUGUGUGGAAGUCUUCUUCCGUUGAUUAUUAAAUGUGCCACUAUUACACAGAUGACCUAGUGUAUUUACAUGGGGGGUGUUUAAACACUAAAGGUUUAGAAUUUUUGGAUAUUGUAAACAGGGUUAUUUAUAUAAUGUGACCUUAACUCAUUACUGACAAAACUACAUGAGUUUUUUUUUAAAAGAUCAAUUUAACUUUUUUAAUUAUUAUUUCAAAGUUAAAAUAUAAUGAUGAUAUGUUCUCAGUAUUUCUUUUCAGCCAAGAGCCCUGUGGAUUUUGCCUAAUAACCUUGUGGGCUUCUUACAACAUUUCUCAUAAAGGACUAACAGUUCUUUCAUGCUACUGUUUUUCUAGGAACAGGAUAUGGUUCCUCAGAGCCUUUUUUUCCCCCUGUGGUAUAAUACAACCUUUAUGAGGGUUAUUAAAUAGGAGGGGGGGAUCUUUGUACUUGUACAGUUAGCUAAAAUCAUUAUUCUGAAAUUUUGAACAUGAUGAAUUGUCUUGAGUCUUACAACUUUCCAGUAAUUUUUAAUCUUUUGUGCACGUGCUGAUUUUUAAAUGUUUCAAUACUUUGUUAAAAAAUAGUGGUUCUCUUGAGAAUAUUUUCAUGAAAUUAAAUAACCUUUUCAUGGC